AUGCUUCCUUGGUGGUCUCUGUCUCUGCUCUGUUUGCCGCUGUUGCUGCUGCUCGUCGACUCAGCGCACGGCCAGAGACAACCUCACAAUACGCCACAGCGCAAUCUGCCAUUCGACUCUGGAGCUGUUCAAAGCCAACCACAGCAGCCGCUGACACCAACGCAGCCACCGCCACAACAAGCAGCAGGGGGAGGUCAGCAACCGCUGAAACCUUCCGUGAUAGGCAGUACUAGCCCGUUUGACGGGACGCGUCCAACCGGACGCAAGAAAGGUGCCUUUGGUGUGCCCCAUCACUUCUACAGAAACAACGGCUUUGCCACGCCUUCAGACACUGUAGUGCAGCAACCCAACGCCAACGGAUAUUACUACAAAGAUAUUCUCCUUCCAAAAACAACCUCAGAGCCUCCCACAACACCGUCACCUCCAACUGAUCUGCCGCCGAGCAUGCCGAUCCGUGGGGAUGGAGGACAGAGAAAUCGAGGAUAUGCUGGGCGAGGAGGCCCGUCCGCUCCGAGUGACAGCUGGAACCAGCGUGUUGCAGGUGGUGGUGGUGGUGGUGUAGGUGGUGGUGGUGUUCGAGGAGGCGCCAGAGGUGAUGGUGGUGGUGGUGGUGGUGGUGGUGGUGGUGGUGGCGGUGGUGGUGGCGGUGGUGGUGGUGGUGGUGUUGGUGGAGGUGCUGGUGGUGGUGGUGGAGGUGGUCGAGGAGGUGGCGGAAGAGGUGAUAGUGGUGGCGUUGGAUUCCAUAGAGGACCUGACCCAGGACACCCUGAUCCUGGUGUAGGCGAUGGAAGACGCGCAACUGGCCGCCGGGAUCCGUUGCCCGCUGACCGGGGACAUCAUGGGCAGGAUCCCCCGUCAGGGGGACCCCCAGCAGGUCCUGGAAAUGGAGGUGGAAGAGGUGGUGGACACACUGAUUUCGUCGAUCCAGGAGUGGGAAACGGCAGACGCCAAGGUGACAAGCAUGCUCAUCAGCACAAUACAGGUGAUCCAUCAGCUCCUGCAGCAAGAGAUCACAUAACGAGUAGAGGCCCCAAAGACCCUGGCCACUCCACUCACGACUCUAGCUAUCAUGGUGGUCCGCAGGACACACGAGCACCAUCCUCCUGGAAUUCGGGCCAGGAUCGCAGGCACAGACCCUCUGCCGGUGCACCGCCUGCAGCUGGACGAUCGCAGGACGCGAUGCGAGAUGCCCCACGCAGAGGCCAAGCACAAGGAGACAGAUCAGGUGUCUCGGGUGGUGGUGGUGGUGGUGGAGGUACUCGCGACCCAUCUCGACGUGAUCCAGUAUCUGGUGGUAGACGCAGGCCUGCAGGGGAUGCUAGGCCUACUGAUGUAUCUGCGACUGAACCACCCCAGGCAAACUACGGGGGAACCAUGGGACCCGGCAUGGACCCACCGCCUCGCAGAGAUGUCCCAAGUCGUGGCAGGUACCACCCGAAAGAUCCCGUCAGAACGCCAGGCAGGGGACGGGAUAUGAAUGCAGGCCCCGGGCAAUACCCGGGCGAUGCUCGCCUCCCUGCCACAGACCAGAGGCAAAGUGGUGCUGCUCACAAUCGCAGUGGUGCUGGGGCUGGAAGACGACAUCAGGACUCCCAGUUUAGUUCCAAUCCACCUCCGAGACGUGGCCAAGACCCCGGACAUACGCAUCGCGACACCGGCAGAGAUCCCGGCUAUCCUGAUGCAGGGCGACAACAAGACUACAAGCGACGUCCGGCAUCACGCCCCGCUGACAAAGCACCAGUUGAUGCUGGACCCAGUGGUGGAGCCCAGGAGCAACGUUAUGGUGGUAAGAUUCCGUCGGGACGAGAUCCUUCACACAUUCAGCAACCUACUGCACCCAGUAGUCGCGACACCGUUACUGGAAAGCCGGGAGGUGGUGCAUACGGGGGACCUGUUCCCGAUGCCCGUCCUGAUUUCAGGCCACCGCCAGGACGGCAAACAGGACGUGGAGGUGCAGCAGCUGACCCCGGUCACCGGCACCCGGAUCCUGACCCCGGCUUUAGCAGGGGUACAGAUCCGACCAGCGCUCCAGCGUCUAGCGGACGUGCAGGAGGCCAGAGUCAGACCGUGGGUCAGGGACAUCGCACUGCAGAUCCUGGUUUCGGAGAUCGCUUGCCAGCACAUAAUAACGGUAGUAAUCAACCUAGACCACCAUCGAAAUCACGUUCUUCACACCCUGAUUAUGAUGCCCGGGCUGGUGGACAGUCCAACACUCUAGGCAACCGUACUCACGCCCCGGAUGUAGGCGUACUGCCAGAUCGCCGCGAUCAUUUCGGUGGCGCUCCGACAGCACCAAGACAACCAGUAGGUGGCGCAAAACCAGCGCCAAGUUUCGGUGGACCGCUGCCCAAUGCGCCACCCUCCACACCAGGAGGACAUUUCGACAGUCGACUUGUGACGUCACCCGGUACAGGCCAUCACGAUCCACAAGCGGGUGGCUACGGGGGCCCAGUGCCGGGUACAUCGCAACAGGUGGGCGGCGGCGGAGGCAGCGUCGGGGGACCCGCUCCCGGGCAAGGCGGAGGAGCUGUGAGCACUGGCACAGGUUACGUCGUUACAGGAUAUAUUGGCACCGGCUAUGGUGGAGCAGUUCCUGGCACCAGCCAGUUUCAGCCUAAACCGGGUCACGUAGCGGGCAGAAGGCACAACAGUGAUUUCGGCCAAAUACCGGGCAAUCGGCGAGGAUACGGAGGAGGCUUCCAGGCCUUGCCUCGUCGGCAAAUGCAAGGAGGAAACGCAGGUCAACCACGGCCAACCAACUCGCCAUUUGGUGGUGCGUUUCCAAGUGGGAUCGUUGAUCCGGGUAGUCUCUGCAAUGGCGUUACGUUCAAUACUGACACGGAGCUGUGCUGUGACAAGAACGUGGUUCAAAUGACGGCUGCUAAAGAACAUUCCCAAUGCUGCUCUCAGCAAUCCAUCGACAUUCGAGUAGAGAGUUGCUGUGACAAUGUAGAGCCGGUCUACACCGCUGAACAAGGCUGCUGUGGCCGGCAAACGUACGAGCUGAACUCGGAGGAGUGCUGCGGAAACCACACGAUCUACCAGCCCGAGACGGACAUGUGCUGUGGCAGCAAGGUAGCCACCAAGUUCGAAAACCUCUGCUGCAACAACAAGCCAUCGCAUGUCAGUGGCGAUCUGCGGGACCAUGAGUGCUGCAGCGAGUAUGCGUAUGACACAAUGACGCACGCAUGUUGCGGCUCCAAAAAGCCCUACGGCCUGUUCAACGAGACUUGCUGCAUGAAUUACAAGCAGCAGCCAGUGGUCAGACCGGGUAUGCAGUGUCCGCGACUGGAAGUGCCAUUUCUAGGUCUUCCACCAUCUGUCGGGGGAAAACCGCGCGGGUUAACGCAUAAAAGAUAUUCCGGCGAGCAGAGCAACGUAUCAUCAUCACCCACGCCCAAGCCCACGGCCACUGUGCAACCACAACGAAAUCAAACGCAGGCAGAAUCACCCAGCGCUCCUUCCCUGACUGGACCCGAGGGAGCUAAGCAUGUUCUAGUAAACAAAACUUAUGUGAAAUCUCUGGUCGACAAGUUCAUGCAGGAUCGGGAACAAGCGAAACAGCAGCAGCAAAAGGAACAACAGCAACAGCAGAAGCCCAGUCAAGUUAUCAAGCGUCCUGCGAAUCCACAAAUGCCUAUGCAGAAACCAAAAGCACCAGGGGCCACUAUACACGCGGGACAAACUGACCCAUGGACCGGACAGCCGGGCCGCCCACCCGGUAACCCAGCGCCUCCAUCUUCAGUACACGCAAUGCCCAGUAGACCGGCCAGCGCCCCGGCAAUGGAUCACGGACGAAUGGCAGGGGGACAACAACAGCAACGACAACAGCUCAAUGUCAUUGUAGGUCGACAGGAGCAGACUCGGCCACAGGCAACCAAGUACUUCAUAGCACCACUACCACCGGCUGCUGUUGUCAACAUUCCAGAUCUAGGCAGUAUGCCCCCAGUACCCGAUGCCCGGGCCUGGGGCUUAAAAAACCUAUUCCCCGGCCAUCAGGUUCCUAAUGGUGGCAAACCUCCGAUAUUAACCGGACCAAAACAGCAGCAAUUCCCCGAUCCAUCCUUAUCUGGUCUUCCUAAACUGAUGAGUGAUGGGCCAACCAGUAAACCUACAGAUCUGCCAACAAAGCCACCACCUCUCCCGCCAAAGACCAAGACCCCGCAGCUAGAUACAGCACAUACUGAUGCCCAGCCACCAUCGCUGCCGCCGAAACAGCGAACUACCAAGCCGCAUCUGGAGAAGGCUACCAUGAAGAAGUGGAUCCAUGGACCUCAAGACCACGCCGCGAUCACCGGUCAAUAGCCAGCCAACGCUGUGCUGUGACAGCGUCCGCUGUUGAUAAUUUCCCAUGACUUGCUGACCAGCGAAUGCACUUCAUCUAGACUAAAAAACGCUUAUGUCACAAAAGAGAUUUUGCCUCUACCCAAUAAAAUAGGGUAGAUUAUAUUCAGAGAAUCCGAAUUGAGAGAGAGAUGAAUUGGACACAUCAUUAUUUCUUGAUAUUUUGAGGCGGAAACAGUAAGCAUGCAUGUACAUGUAGGUUGGUUACCACUUGUCUUUUGGUGCACAGUCGGGUUGGUUAGUAAGAAUUGUCAAUCUACGAUUAUUGAAGUUGGAAGCCAUUGCCAUCAUCACGUACACGUGCAUGUACGCACUAGUAAUAAACAGUUUUUUUGUUAUUCCCCCAAUCAGAAGCAGAAGACAAUAACUUUCUAAAUUCGUAUUUUUUCGAUCUAAAGUUCUUGAGUACCGUACAACUUGCUAAUAUACAUGUACAUGCAGCCUCUGGCUACUGAAUGAUAUGAAAUGAUACUUCCUGAAACCUACACAGCCCCCACAUUCACACACUGAGUGCUACAAGACCCACCAACACCUCUCCUAGCAUAGAUUCCGGCAUGUUGCAAAAGCAUGAAACUCAGAGUAGCGACUAACUAGCCUUGAUUGCCCUUGUCAUGCUGUGUAUUGCGCUCCGCCUCUGCGGUGUUGGGCACUGUCAGCACACU